GCGCGUCCUAUUCGGUUUCCGGUUUUAUUUUGACAGCGAUGUCAUCGUCUGCUUCAGCAGCGGCGAUUGCUGAUACGUGUCGCUGAUUUUUCUGAUGUUUCGAUACUGUCAAGGAUGGAGAUGCGGCCGAUUUUUGGAGGUUAUCCUUUCCAAGGCCAAGGGAGAGUGAACCAACUAGGCGGCGUUUUCAUAAACGGCAGACCUCUGCCCAACCACAUCCGACUGAAAAUUGUGGAGCUGGCAGCCGCUGGAAUAAGACCCUGUGUGAUUUCCAGGCAGCUCCGAGUGUCUCACGGUUGUGUUUCCAAAAUUCUGAACCGGUAUCAGGAAACGGGUAGCAUCAGGCCUGGUGUUAUUGGAGGCUCGAAACCCAGAGUAGCCACCACAGACAUAGAGGAGAAGAUUGAGGAACUGAGGAAGGAGCAGCCAGGGAUUUUUUCAUGGGAGAUUCGGGAACGACUGAUCAAGGAAGGAGUUACGGACCCGCCGAGCGUAUCUUCAAUAAGUAGAUUACUGCGAGGUGGAAGUCAGAGGGACGAUUCUGAUGGCAAAAAAGAUUACACAAUCAAUGGGAUUCUUGGCGGAAGAGAGGAUGACAGUGAUACCGAAUCAGAGCCAGGCAUACCACUGAAGAGGAAGCAGAGGCGAUCUAGGACGACUUUUUCUGGUGAACAGCUGGAAGCCUUAGAACGAGCGUUUGCCAGAACACAAUAUCCAGACGUGUAUGUGAGAGAAGAGCUUGCUCAGCAGACUGGUUUAACAGAAGCUAGAAUACAGGUCUGGUUCUCGAACCGCAGAGCUCGCCUCCGCAAAAACUCUGGCAACACCAACCCCACGAACGCCUUGGGAUUCCCAGUGCUUCCAGUCACCAACAUGCCUUGCCAGUAUCCAGGGGACACUCAGUACGACUGGCGGAACGCGCAGUUCCACAACUACAACGUCUUUCAGCAGCACUCCUACAACCAGGACUACUCCAGGGCCGAGUAUUCUGCGCUGCUGGAGUCCAAUUAUGCUUUGGCGCAGGCGCAGAUGACGCAUGCGCAUGCUCAAGCGAAUAGUUUUAGCCGGAUGGCGCAUGGGCAGUCAGAACCAGGUACUUCGUCGAGACACAAAGAAGAUUACGCUGUUGCCAGCUCUUCGCGAAGUAGACCCAAGGACACUUUCAGCUACCCAAUGCCGGAUCAGCCUGAUCCUAGUAGCAUCGGUGGGGUAAUCGAUGAAAUCAAGGAGCUAGAUCUCAGCAACGAAGUCAGCGCAAGCGCUAGUGCUAGCACUAGUGCUAGUGCUAGUACUGUAUUGCCGGGGUGGGAGAAAAUGGAGUGGAAGCCAGGGCAGGACAUGGCGUCUUUUGGCGGCAAUGAAGGGUUUCAUUAUGGAAAUCACCAAAAAAACUAUUGGGCGUGA